AGUCUUUUGCAGCGCUGGAACUUAAGCCCUCUGCCCAUAGAACUUGCGACGCCUCGGCGACGGCGAUCCGCGAUUCCUGCCACCGUCGGCUUACCAACACGACGUAUAGCUUCUCACCGCCACGCCACUCGGGAAGUCGUGUUUUCACCGGCAGCGUCUACUCGUUGCUGCCGGCAUCCCAUCCUUCAAGCUUCAAGUCCUCAGAUUUGCUACGAGGCUGGUGCUGGUAAUUUUUUCGCGUUGAUGAGAUUGGAGUGCAAUGGCCAGUUAUUCAGGAAAAGGUGCUCCUUCAAAUGGGUCUGUCUAUGUUUGUAACUUGCCCCAUGGGACUGAUGAAAAUAUGUUGGCUGAGCAUUUUGGCACCAUUGGGUUGCUAAAGAAAGACAAGAGAACUGGUCGACCAAAGAUAUGGUUGUAUCGGGACAAAGUCACAAAUGAACCAAAGGGAGAUGCUACUGUUACAUAUGAGGACCCACAUGCUGCAUUAGCUGCGGUUGAAUGGUUCAACAACAAGGAUUUUCAUGGGGAAACCAUUGGAGUUUUCAUAGCUGAGUCAAAGGGCAAGGAUGAUAACUCAUAUAAUUCUGGAAAUCAAAUGAAUCAUGUUGAAGACUUAAGUGUAGUGGGCGACUUUGGUGGGCCUGAGGAAAAUUCCAGGGAUGUGGAUGGAGGUGGUGGAAGAGGCAGAGGUCGUGGCGAUGCUUCAGGGAAAGCAUGGCAACAAGAGGGAGAUUGGCUGUGUCCGAAUACAAGUUGUUCCAAUGUGAAUUUUGCAUUUCGUGGAGUGUGCAACCGCUGUGGAAGUGCUCGACCUGCUGGUGUCUCUGGCAGUGGUGGAGGGGCUGGUGGCCGUGGAAAGGCCCGCUCUGGCAAUGAAUCUGCGGGCCAUGGUCGCCCAGCUGGUGGUCCUACUGGUCUUUUUGGUCCAAAUGAUUGGCCUUGUCCAAUGUGUGGCAACAUCAACUGGGCGAAGCGCACAAAAUGCAAUAUUUGCAACACCAAUAAACCUGGUCACAAUGAGGGUGGUGUGAGAGGAGGGCGUGGUGGAGGUUACAAAGAACUUGAUGAAGAGGAAUUAGAGGAAACUAAGCGACGCCGGCGGGAGGCUGAAGAAGAUGAUGGAGAGUUGUAUGAUGAGUUUGGCAAUCUGAAGAAGAAAUUCCGUGCUAAAAUGCAGCAAGCUGAAACUGGGAAGGGCCUUCCAGGUGUUGGGCGUGCUGGUUGGGAGGUUGAGGAACUAGGUGUGGCUGAUAGAGAUGGUAGGGAAAGAAGCAGGGAUAGAGGAAGGGAUCGUGAUGAGAGGGAGAGCAGCAAGUACAGAGACCGAAAUGAUAGGGAUAGGCACCAGAGCAGAAGUAGAGAGAGGGAUAGGGGAAAAGAUAGGGACCGAGAUUGCGAUUAUGAUCGAGACAGGGAUUAUGGGCGCGAUCGAGAUCGUGAACGGGAGCGGGGCAGGUAUAGGUACUAAGAAUGGCUGUUUGGUUCUGAGCAAUGUUUGGUUUGCCUGUCUUUUUGAGUUACUGGAUUGUUGUCUUGGUCAUAUGUUGGAAUGCUUGGCAUUCAUUCAAUUUAAAAUCUUUGUUUUGUAUUUCUAGAGACCGAUCUUUAACAUGGGAUUAUAGGAUUUUGUUUAUUUUCCAGUUUUAUAUUUGAUUCUGUAAGCCCUGGUCUGUGCUGCGUCAUGCGUAAGUUAUAGAUCUCAUUUUCCCGUGUUAAAUUGUGGAAAAUGCGGGUGUGGACCAGAACCAGAAAACAGAACUGAAUCAAGUCAGACUAUUUUUACUUUCCAUGCAUCCUUCAGUUUAAAUUGGAGAAGUCUUAGAUUUGAAGUUGUAUUAAAGUCGGAUAAGUUGUACUGUAAAAUUAUAUUGAAAUUUGUCUAAAUUCAUCUAAAUUUAAGGUCAGAAA